CAUCUAGCCCUGUUUACAGCCCAUAUAGUCCUCGUUACAUUCCAUCUACUUUUGGUUACAAACCAUCUAAUCCUGGUUACAAACCAUUUAACUCUAAUUACAGCCCAUCCAGGUCUGGCUCUAAAUCAUUUAGUCCUGGUUACAAUCCAUCUAGCCCUGGUUACAAUCCAUCUAGCCCUGGUUACAGUCCAUCUAAAUUUGGUUACAAUCCAUCUAGCCCACGUUACCUUUCACCUUGCGUAA